ACAAGAUCCAUUAAAAUGACAAUUUCUAUCCGAUAUUCAUAUCCUCUAUGAAAACUCUGAUUAUAUUCAAAUACAUUAAAAUGACAUUCUAAAUAGAAUUUUCGCCAUAUAUAGGGUUUGAAGUCGAUUUAAAAGGAGUAUUUAUUAUAUGCUACAACAACAGCAUGUUGUGUGGCCGCAGGUGAUGGUUGUCUCAGUCCGUGUAUUUUGCGCGUUCAUAUAUAUCGCUCUUUUGUAUUAAAAUUUAUAUUGCUAUUUCUAGUCUCUUCUAACAUCGCCUUUUCCUUCUCAAAUCUCACCUCUGCACAAAAUACCGCUAUUCUCUUCUUGACUUUCUUUUAUCAAAGACUCAUUCUUUACUGCUAAAUUGGAACCCCAUUUCUUGAUUCUUCUCGGAUUUAUCGGCAGCAGAUAUUCUCUUCUGAUUAUUUUUUUACCUCAAAGUCACAGCCUGGCUUACUCUUUCUUUUUCAGAGGGGAUUGAUUUUUGGUGAGGCUUCUGGAGAGAAGCAGCAGUAGUUAACACUCUGGCCAACACUCCAGUGAAGGGCUCAACCCCUUGUGAAUGGGAUAGGGUUGAGGCUAGGAGGAGGAUAUUUAUUGGAGUUUCACUUUUAACUUACCUUUCUUCAUCUCCAUAUUUGUCAAAUUGGGCUCUUUCAUUGCUUUGGCGUUUGCCUAUUGAUUACGGCUAAUUUGACAUCUUUUUGAGUUUUUUUGCUUGUUUGUUUGAUAUGUGAGUUGGGAAGUUUCAAAGAUCAAAACUUUUUUUUUUGUGUGUUUGGGGUUGAAAGGAGGAGCUAACAGAUUGAAGGAGAGAAUUUGAUUUGUAGCAGUGAAAGAUAUGGCAAUUUGCAAUUGCUUUUCUGGUCCAGUAGGGAGGAGAAGCAAGAAAGAUAAGGGGGAGAAGGGAGCUAAAAAAACUGCUGAUGUGGUUGUACUAGUUGAAGGUUCUGUAAACUCUAGUACUAAAACAGAUGACUCGAAAUCGUCUUCCUUUGUUGUUCCUUUAUCUUUUGGGAGUUCUAGGAGCAAUGUUAAGGUGAUGAAUCAUGACAGUCCUGUUAAGGGAGAUACAAAAGAGGUGGCUAAUCAUGACAGUCCUGUUAAGGGAGAUACAGAAGAGGUGGCUAAUCAUGGAAGUCCUGUUAAGGGAGAUGUAGAAGAGGUGGCUUAUGAAGGGGAAGAUGAGCAUGAUGAAAGCUUGUCAAUGAAAAGGGAUAACUCUGAUUUCGAUCUUCAAGCACGCGUUCGUAGCUCAGGGGGAGAAUAUGAUCAAUCAUUCAAUGAAGGGAUUCGUCGUAAUUGUUCAUUUUUUGGAAGUGAAAUGAAUGAACAGGAUCAUAACAAAUCUGAGAAAGAUGCAGAGGUUGUGAAAAGUGGACACAUCAGUGAUCCGGGGUUUGGUAAAGUAGAAUCUUGGGCUUCUCCGAAGCUGCAACGCUCUUGCUCCGAUUUAGCAAUGAGGGAUAUGGUGAAUAAAUUGAGUGAGCAGCUAUCACUCUCAAAGACCAAAUCUUUUGAUGAAAUGCGGAGAUUAGCUGAGAAGAUGACUUUAGGAAGUCCAGCUUCUGUGUUAACGCAUCGCAGUGCUGACAAAGUUAUGUUGAAGAAACAUUCUUCAAGCCAACUCCUACCAUCCAGAAAUCGAAAAUUGUGGUGGAAACUGUUCCUAUGGAGCCAUAGGAACGUGCAAGGAACAGGUGGUAUCCAACAACUACCAAUCCUUGCUAAGACUGCUCUAAACCAGCAGGGUGGGUACUCCUCGGACACACUAGAACUAGGGAAAGCCAUGGACUCGAGCAACUUGGGAUCUCCUGGUUCGUUCAUUGCAGAAUCCUUGAACAAAGGGCGGAAUGACAAGGGCAAGGAGGUUUUGGAUGAAUUCCGAGGAGUAAGCGGAUUUUGGCCACAGAACCAGUGGGUUGCUUUCCCUGAAGAAUCCUCUAGGUUUAUGAGAAUCAAUGAAUGGGUGAAUGAACUUCCCAGUCAUCCACCAUGCUUAAUUGAUGAACAUGAUCAUGUUGAAGAUGAGGUUGAUAUCUCGCCUUCGCCCGAUGCUUGUAAAUCACCUCUCAUUAGCCCAUAUCCAAAUAUAAAUGUCCCAGAAGAGGUUGCACAUGCUAAUACAGUCAUCCGAUCUCUUAAUUCUUCCUCAACGGUUGCUCACAUUGCGAGCGCUGGUCUGAAAGUUAUACCUGCUAUAUCACACUUAUGUAGCCUUCGAUCUGUCAAUCUAUCAGGCAACUUUAUAGUUCAAAUAACUCCGGGAUCACUACCAAAGGGUCUUCAUGUUCUCAAUUUAUCAAGGAACAAGAUCCACACAAUUGAAGGACUGAGGGAAUUGACACGUCUGCGCUUGCUUGACCUAAGUUACAACAGAAUCUCUCGAAUUGGACAAGGUUUGUCGAGUUGUACUCUCAUCAAAGAGCUCUACCUCGCUGGUAACAAAAUAAGUGAUAUUGAAGGGCUGCACAGACUUCUAAAGCUGACUGUUCUAGACUUGAGUUUCAACAAGAUAACAACUACUAAAGCGCUUGGUCAGCUUGUGGCAAACUACAAUUCUCUUCUGGCUCUAAAUCUAUUGGGAAAUCCAAUUCAGAUCAAUAUAAGUGAUGACCAACUGCGAAAGGCAGCUUGCAGCCUGCUCCCAAAACUUGCCUACUUGAACAAACAGCCAAUUAAUUCCCAAAAGGCACGGGAUGUAGGAACAGAAGCAGUUGCAAAAGCAGCACUGGGCAGUAGCACUCGGGGCACUCAUAGAAGAGCAACCAGGAAGGUAAGCACUGGAGCUUCUUCAUCUGCAAGCGUGCAUAGGAGCAGCGCAGGUGUUUCUCAAAAGAGCAGGCAUAGGCUAAGAAGCCGAACUCAACUUUAGUCUUCCAAGGCCAAGUGAUCUAUCUGCUCUAGUAUCUCCUUAUUCAAAAACGCUUCAUGCUUUCGGACAGUGUAAUCUGAGGAAGCAUGUUCUUUCACAGUGUGUUUCGAUUUUGUUCAUCUGUUUUCAAUUUGUUCAUCAAAAGAGAGGGAGUGAUUUAGACAUUCAUGUUAAAAAGUUGUAGAGGUUCUUCCUCAUUCUGCAUUUCAUUCUGUAAACUCUGUUUGAGAGCAAGGUAGUUAUGGUUUUCUAUGAUUGUUCAAUUUGGCAUGUU